AUGGAUGAGACUCACCAGCUCAGAGCCUUUACAGCUGGUUACCUUGCAUGGAAUAGUGUGGGGCUUGCCAGUCUUGUUUUCUCCUUAGCCUCUCCCCACACAGGGACAAUGAUGAGCUUGGCCAAUGAUGAUGGCCCCCGGGGUGCCAGUGGCAACCUUCUUGGGCGACUCUCGCAGUUUGGCGCCCGGCCUCUCCUGUGCCCGAAGUCUUUAGGAGGGCGAACUGUCCCGAACUCUCUCUGGUCCUCGCCGCCAGUGGCAGAGGAGCACGGGGCGUCGGGGACAGCCAGGCUUGGCACCUCUGCUUUCUCAGGGAGCGUCAGUUUGCGCUGUCCUGGCCCUGCGGUCCUCGGGAAAGUGUGGCAGGGAUUGAUGCUUUUUGCCAAGUGCCUACCUGCGUGUCACCUCCGAGUGGUUUCGGGAUGGGAUUCAACUUUUCCUGGUAAAAUGUUCAGGGAACCCCGUUUUGGCCUCGGACUGCAGCGAGUGCUCGGCCCUCCUAGAAGCUUUUCUAGUACUUUGGGAUGUUUGCAUUUAUGCCGGAUUCUCAGUGAAAAUAAAAGCCAUGACAGUUCGACCUACAGAGAUUUUCAACAAGCUCUCUAUGAGUUGUCAUACCAUGUCAUUAAAGGAAAUUUAAAGCACGAACAGGCAUCUAGUGUUCUUAAUGACAUUAGCGAAUUCCGUGAGGAUCUGCCUUCUAUCCUUGCAGAUGUGUUCUGCAUAUUAGAUAUUGAGACAAAUUGUUUAGAAGAAAAAAGCAAGAGAGACUAUUUUACACAAUUGGUAUUAGCAUGUUUGUAUUUAGUUUCAGACACAGUUUUGAAGGAACGAUUGGAUCCAGAAACUUUGGAAUCAUUAGGGCUUAUCAAACAGUCACAGCAGUUCAACCAAAAGUCAGUCAAAAUCAAGACAAAACUCUUUUAUAAGCAGCAAAAAUUCAAUUUAUUAAGAGAAGAAAACGAAGGUUAUGCGAAGCUGAUUGCUGAACUGGGGCAAGAUUUAUCUGGAAAUAUUACUAGUGAUUUAAUAUUAGAAAAUAUCAAAUCUUUAAUAGGAUGCUUCAAUCUGGAUCCCAAUAGAGUUUUGGAUGUCAUUUUAGAAGUGUUUGAAUGCAGGCCAGAACAUGAUGACUUCUUUAUAUCUUUAUUAGAAUCUUACAUGAGUAUGUGUGAACCACAAACACUGUGUCAUAUUCUUGGAUUCAAAUUCAAGUUUUACCAGGAACCAAGUGGUGAGACACCCUCGUCUUUGUACAGAGUUGCAGCAGUCCUUCUGCAAUUUAAUCUCAUUGAUCUAGAUGAUCUUUAUGUGCAUCUCCUUCCAGCUGAUAAUUGUAUUAUGGAUGAAUAUAAACGAGAAAUUGUGGAAGCUAAGCAAAUUGUAAGAAAACUCACAAUGGUUGUGCUGUCUUCUGAAAAACUUGAUGAACGAGACAAAGAAAAGGACAAAGAUGAUGAGAAAGUAGAGAAGCCACCUGACAACCAAAAGCUUGGUUUGUUGGAAGCUUUGUUAAAGAUUGGUGAUUGGCAGCAUGCACAGAACAUCAUGGAUCAGAUGCCUCCAUACUAUGCAUCUUCACAUAAACUAAUAGCUCUUGCUAUUUGCAAGCUUAUUCACAUAACUGUUGAGCCUCUCUACCGAAGAGUUGGUGUUCCUAAAGGUGCUAAGGGCUCACCAGUUAGUGCUUUGCAGAACAAGAGAGCACCGAAGCAAGUAGAGAGCUUUGAAGAUUUGAGGAGGGAUGUAUUCAAUAUGUUCUGUUACCUUGGUCCUCACCUCUCACAUGAUCCCAUUUUAUUUGCAAAAGUCGUGCGCAUAGGCAAGUCAUUUAUGAAGGAGUUUCAGUCUGAUGGAAGCAAACAAGAAGAUAAAGAGAAAACGGAAAUUAUCCUUAGCUGUUUGCUUAGCAUUACUGACCAGGUAUUACUUCCGUCUCUUUCUUUGAUGGACUGCAAUGCUUGCAUGUCUGAGGAGCUGUGGGGAAUGUUUAAGACAUUUCCCUAUCAGCACAGAUAUCGUCUAUAUGGCCAGUGGAAGAAUGAAACUUAUAAUGGUCACCCACUUUUAGUAAAAGUUAAAGCUCAAACAAUAGACAGAGCCAAGUAUAUCAUGAAGCGUCUAACCAAGGAAAAUGUGAAGCCUUCAGGAAGACAAAUUGGCAAGCUGAGCCACAGCAAUCCAACAAUUUUGUUUGAUUAUAUAUUGUCACAAAUCCAGAAAUAUGAUAAUUUAAUAACACCUGUAGUGGAUUCAUUGAAAUACCUCACUUCUUUGAAUUAUGAUGUCUUGGCCUAUUGUAUCAUUGAAGCUUUAGCUAAUCCAGAAAAGGAGAGAAUGAAACAUGAUGACACAACCAUCUCAAGCUGGCUUCAGAGUCUGGCUAGUUUUUGUGGUGCAGUAUUCCGUAAAUACCCGAUUGAUCUUGCUGGUCUUCUUCAGUAUGUAGCCAAUCAAUUAAAGGCAGGCAAAAGUUUUGACCUAUUAAUAUUGAAAGAAGUGGUCCAAAAAAUGGCAGGAAUCGAAAUUACAGAGGAGAUGACAAUGGAUCAGUUAGAGGCCAUGACUGGUGGGGAGCAGCUAAAGGCGGAGGGUGGUUAUUUCGGCCAGAUCAGAAACACUAAAAAAUCUUCUCAGAGAUUAAAGGAUGCACUACUGGACCAUGAUCUUGCUCUUCCUCUCUGUUUGCUUAUGGCACAACAGAGGAAUGGGGUAAUUUUUCAGGAGGGUGGAGAGAAACACUUGAAACUUGUGGGGAAGCUCUAUGAUCAGUGCCAUGAUACCCUAGUACAGUUUGGUGGGUUUUUAGCAUCCAAUCUAAGUACAGAAGAUUAUAUAAAACGAGUGCCUUCAAUUGAUGUGCUCUGUAAUGAAUUUCAUACACCACAUGAUGCAGCAUUUUUUCUGUCUAGGCCAAUGUAUGCACACCAUAUAUCGUCAAAAUAUGAUGAACUUAAAAAAUCAGAAAAGGGAAGUAAACAGCAACAUAAAGUCCAUAAAUAUAUUACAUCAUGUGAGAUGGUGAUGGCUCCUGUCCAUGAAGCAGUGGUCUCCUUACACGUUUCCAAAGUCUGGGAUGAUAUCAGCCCUCAGUUCUAUGCUACAUUUUGGUCAUUGACAAUGUAUGACCUUGCAGUUCCACAUACCAGCUAUGAAAGAGAAGUCAAUAAACUUAAAGUCCAAAUGAAAGCGAUCGAUGACAAUCAGGAAAUGCCUCCAAAUAAAAAGAAAAAAGAAAAGGAGCGUUGCACGGCCCUUCAGGACAAGCUCCUUGAAGAAGAAAAGGGGCCAAGCAUAUUCAGACCACCACGCUAUAUCUUUUACAAGGUUUUUUCUGACAUAAUUUACACGGUUGCAAGCUGCACUGAAAAUGAAGCUAGUCGGUAUGGGAGAUUUCUUUGCUGUAUGUUAGAGACGGUGACCAGGUGGCAUAGUGAUAGAGCCACAUAUGAAAAGGAAUGUGGAAACUAUCCAGGAUUCCUUACCAUAUUACGGGCAACUGGAUUUGAUGGUGGAAAUAAAGCUGAUCAGUUAGAUUAUGAAAAUUUUCGACAUGUUGUCCACAAAUGGCAUUACAAACUAACCAAGGCAUCGGUACAUUGCCUUGAGACGGGCGAAUAUACUCACAUCAGGAAUAUCUUGAUUGUACUAACAAAAAUACUUCCUUGGUACCCAAAAGUUUUGAAUCUGGGUCAGGCUUUGGAAAGAAGAGUGAAUAAAAUAUGCCAAGAAGAAAAAGAGAAGAGGCCAGAUCUUUAUGCAUUGGCUAUGGGCUACUCGGGGCAGUUGAAAAGUAGAAAGUCACACAUGAUACCUGAAAAUGAAUUUCAUCACAAGGAUCCUCCUCCAAGGAAUGCUGUUGCCAGUGUACAAAAUGGGCCUGGUGGUGGGACUUCAUCAUCUGUAGGAAGUGCAUCUAAAUCAGAUGAAAGUGGUGCUGAGGAGACUGAUAAAUCAAGGGAGAGAUCUCAGUGUGGUACAAAAGCUGUUAAUAAGGCUUCUAGUACCACACCAAAAGGGAAUUCAAGCAAUGGAAAUAGUGGCUCUAACAGCAAUAAAGCUGUUAAGGAAAAUGACAAAGAAAAAGUAAAAGAGAAAGAAAAAGAGAAAAAAGAGAAGACUCCAGCUACAACUCCAGAGGCCAGGGUACUUGGUAAAGAUAGUAAAGAAAAACCGAAGGAAGAGCGGCCAAAUAAAGAUGACAAAGCAAGAGAGACAAAGGAAAGAACACCUAAAUCUGACAAAGAGAAAGAAAAGUUCAAGAAGGAAGAAAAAGCUAAAGAUGAGAAAUUCAAGACCACCGCCCCCACUGUAGAAUCGAAAUCGACUCAAGAAAGGGAAAGAGAGAAGGAGCCAUCCAGAGAAAGAGAUGUAGCAAAGGAAAUGAAAUCAAAGGAAAAUGUUAAAGGAGGAGAAAAAACACCAGUUUCAGGGUCGUUGAAGUCACCUGUUCCCCGGUCAGAUAUCUCGGAGCCUGACAGGGAACAAAAACGCCGCAAAAUUGAUACUCAUCCUUCUCCAUCACAUUCCUCCACAGUAAAGGACAGUCUCAUCGAUCUCAAGGACUCUUCAGCAAAGCUCUACAUUAACCAUAAUCCUCCACCACUGUCCAAGAGUAAGGAGAGAGAAAUGGACAAGAAAGAUUUGGACAAGUCAAGGGAAAGAUCCAGAGAAAGAGAGAAAAAAGAUGAAAAGGACAGGAAAGAACGGAAAAGGGAUCAUUCAAACAAUGACCGCGAAGUGCCACCGGACAUAACAAAGAGGCGGAAAGAGGAGAAUGGAACAAUGGGGGUUUCAAAACACAAAAGUGAGAGUCCAUGUGAGUCUCAAUAUCCAAAUGAGAAAGACAAAGAAAAAAAUAAGUCAAAAUCUUCAGGCAAAGAAAAAAGCAGUAGUGAUUCGUUUAAAUCUGAGAAGAUGGAUAAAAUCUCAUCUGGUGGCAAAAAGGAAUCCAGGCAUGAUAAAGAAAAGAUAGAAAAGAAAGAAAAACGUGAUAGUUCAGGAGGAAAGGAAGAGAAGAAACAUCAUAAGUCCUCUGACAAGCACAGAUAAUGAACAAUUUCAACCAAGGGUGUGGACAGACCCCUAAGCUGAACGUCUCCCCGAGGAGGAUGCCAAAGCUCCAUGAGUCACUCUCAGAAUGACAUCUCCCAUAAUUAAGAGCUUCUGGUGCUGUCCAUUUUAUGGGAAUCUGCUUUAAGUCAGAAGAUGCAUACACACCACCAUCCUUUUGACAAGACAUUCCAAAGUCACUGAUUUUCAGAACAUUAUUUUCACUUGCAGGCAAUUUCUUGGAGCAAGGUCCCCGUGCAUACAAUUUUUUACGUGGGAUAUGCCAUCCAGAAGCAGCAUCUAAAGGAAAAUUCACUAACUGACUUUUAGUUCAUCUUUCUUCCUCAGAAAGGAGAGGAAAUUGCCUCCUGGAACCAAUUCCUUAAUGAUGUAGAUAGGUUGCCUUUGUGUAUGAGUUCUAUAAGUGUGAAAACAUUGGGGUGAUUAUGUUGCUUGGAGGGUCUUGGCUUCUUAUAAAAUUUUAAUUCCAUUUCAUGGGAAAGAUCUUUGUGUUUUGCAGCAAAAACAUUUUUAUCAUUUAAUAUGUACCCUUUAAAUAUGUCAUCAAAAGUUUUCUUGUCCUUAAGGAAUUCUCAUAGUGUGACAUGAUCAUAAUCGAGACCCCAUUUCUUAUGCUGGUUAUUGUCAUAUAGAUACCAUAAUGUUCUUUUUCUUUACUGGAACAUUACAUAAACAUAAUCAACAAGCCAUUUCUUAUUUUCACCAGUAUGGUCAUGCAAAUACCAUGAAAUUCUUUAUUGGAACAUUAUUCAUUUUCAGUCUAAAACCCUGAGAUGCAGUCACCAUUUUAAAGUGGACGAUUCCGUGGUCUUUAGUCCAUUGCCUGUGUGGUGCAGUCAUCACAGCAGUCUAAUCUCAGACCGUGCAGGCUAGCAGUCAUUCUUCUCUCUUUUCUUUCUUCAGCCACUGGAAGCUACUGACACAUUUUCUGCCUAGGAAUUUGCCUGUUUGGGGACAUUUCAUAUAAAUGGAAUUGUGCAAUAUCUUGUCCUGGGGGCCAGGGUUCUUUCAACUACCAUCAUGUUAUCAAGAGUUAUCCAUGGUGUAGCAUGUGUCAAUAAUCCAUUCCUUCUUAAAGGUUAAAUAUUCCAUAGAAUGAAUUUGUACCAUGUUUUGUUUACCCAUUUAUUUGUUGAGGGACAGAAACGAUUACACUUUUAAAGUAAUAAAAUUAGAAGGUCAACAUGAGUUUAUCCAAAAUUAUAAUUGAUGACGUCAAUAUUAUACACAGCAUGCACAGAAUGCUGUGUAGAAAUGAUAUGUAAAUUAUUUGUCAUAAUUUCAUGCAAGUGUAAUUAUUUUCUAAGGCCCCUUCUAGCUAUGAGUUUUGGAACUGUGUGAAUGUAGUAUAUUCAUUAAUAAAGUUUAAUGCAUUAAGCAUUAAUUUAAAAUUUGAGAACAAUGUUAGGCAGAUAAAUUAUUUGCCACAUGCUGUAAUGAUCCUGUUUUGAAUUUAUUUCAUUAUGCAGUAUUUGAAAAAUGUCUACAUAAAGGAAAGGAAAUGAGUAUAAUUGAGUCAAUAUAUUUUUGAAGCAAUUUUUAUAAUUUAGCAGACAUUGCAUCUUAAUAUAAUUCACUAUUAAAAUUGUGUCCUUGUGAAAAAAAUCGAUGUCAUUUUCUCUCUAUUUCUUUUGAUUGGUCAUGUAAAAUAGGUUCCUUUCCUUUGUUAAAUGUUUUGUUUAUUUUUGAUACAUUAUUCCUUGCGCCUAUAGAAUGUACCUGUUACUCUUUUAAUCUUUUUUUCUACCCUAGAAUCCUUCCACCCUCUCACACACAGAAAAUGUUUCAAUGUUUCUUAAAAUUCAUAGUGUCUUAAUGAUUUCUAAGAAUAGACAGACACAGAAAUAUUUCCUCAUUUUCUGGAAGCUUCCUCCAGGUCUUUGUUAUUGAUAGAAUUCACUGAAGUUUCUUCCUAAAUGGUUUUGCCUUCCCCGUUUCUUUCCCCUUGCCUACUCCCUGGCCUUCUCUCUCUGGCCUCUUCUUGCCUUGCUUUGGUCCUCCUCCUCACCCCCCUCAGCCACUCCUUCCUGGCUGUCUGUAUAACCAGUUUGUUUCUUUUAGGUGGAAAAAAUAAAAUGAAAUCAUACAGCUGUGACCAGAACUGUAUUUUCCUGAGUAGAUUUCUGAGAAUUGUGAAUGAAGCAGGCCCAUUUUCAGUUACCUGCUUUAUUGCUCCAUGCAGAAAACCUAAAACUGUUGUGUUGUAUGUUAUUGUACUUUAACCUGUUGCUUAAUUUCUACAUGUUUAUUUUCAGUAAUGGCUGAAAGUGUUAAUUAUUCCAUAUUUUAGCACAAUGUGCUGCAUAUACUUCCCAAUAAGCAAAUAAGGUUACAUGUGUACAGAAUUUCACUUUUGAUUAAAUACUGCCUGGGUUUCAAGUCCCUUCCCCCAUUUGAAAUGUUGAAACUGAAAAUAAACAGUUACUGAAUGAUUUUGAAUUUACCUCAUCUUAGAACUCAGUUUUAAUUUAUUUGGCCUGUUUUUAAUAUUAGUCACUAAAAAUAAAGUGGAGCACUGUCUUAUGCAACGCCUAAGAAUCGUUUUAUAUAGUAUGUGUACAACAUUAAAACAUGUUCUACAAAGAAAACUAUACCAGCGCUCACUUGUCCCUUGCCAUUUUUUUCUUGUAAUUAGGAAAUCUUGGGGGUAUAAGGGAAUAAAAAAUUAAUUGUGUUUUAAUUUUACAGCUACCGGAGCUUUGUAUUGCUAAACUUACAUCUGAAAAAAGUUUCACGUGACAUUUUUAAGAGAAUUUUUUAUCUACUGAAUUCUACCAGUGUAACCAUUUUUUCUAAAUAAACAAUAGUUUUCUCAAAUGAC